GUCUUUACAACACGCUAGCUCCGGGUCUCAGGCUCUCUACCGGGUUGCCCCAUACGCGGCGCAAUUAGUGACCUGUGGUCGGUAAUAAUUUCACUCGCAUCUGCAAAGGCCCACGCGUGGCUCGGCAAUUGCUGCGGCUAGCGGCGGGCAUUUUACCAGUUUCGGGUCGGCAGACGGCGCUACGGGCGCUCGUCGAACGAUGACCUCCGACGGCCCCGACGCAAAGAAGCAAAAAAGUGAUGACGACUGGCGCCGCACGUCGUUCAAGAUCGCCGACGUGAACCCGCACUUGGUGUGCGCGUUGUGCGGAGGCUACUUCCGCGACUGCCACACGAUCACGGAGUGUUUGCACUCCUUUUGUCAAGUGUGCAUAUUGGCGCACCUCCGCCAGAACAAAAACAGCUGCCCGCGCUGCGGCGUCGACCUCGGGCCGCACCCGAUGACCGCGGUCUUGCACGACCGCCAGCUCCAGGCCGUCGUGGACAAGAUCUUCCCGGAGUUCGAGGAUAUUGAUCGCCAAGCGAGGCAGGCUAGACGGUCCCUCGAGGCGCCGCCGUCGGCGCCCCGCGCGCGGCCGCGCGCGGCCAAGACCGCGCGCGCGCCCGAGGAGGAGGUCUCCUUCAAGGUCGAGCAGGCGCCCCUGGCCGCGGGCGAGGAGCCGCUCCCCAUCGAGCUGCUGGACAAGCCCUACCUCAAGACGAACGGGAACCUCAAGGUCGGGCAGCUGCGCAAGUAUUUGGCGCGGAAGAUGCGGCUGCGGAGCGAGGAGCUCGAGCUGCUGUGCGACGGCGAGGAGCUGUCGGGCGAGCACGCGCUGCGCUUCGUCAAGGGCACGGUCUGGACGAAGCCCUCGGAGCUCGUGAUCCAGUUCCGGCGCGCGGCCGGGGACGCGUAACUACAUCUGCU